CACACACACACACACACACAGGAGCUGGGCUUGCUUGUAUGAACUUGAAGACUUGCAGUACUGAAAUGCAUGUGUUACCUUGGGAUGCACUAGGAUCAGAAUGCUCAAAAAGCCUGCAGGCUGCUUAGUCCUCCAAGACUGGGUUUUUUAAAUCACACAGGAAAAGAAUAAGUUAUUCACUCUUUUUUAUUCUCUUUCUUUUUCUGUUUUUUCUCUUUCCUUUUUUUGUGCUUUGGAUAUUACUGAACAAGGAGUCUCAGGGAUUGACACGCUCGGACUUCACUGAAUCAGGCUGCGUCUGACAAACAAUCUUGUCUACAUUUUGGUUUGCUAGAGAUCAACUGGGAUUUUUCUGAUUCUAUCUUCUUUUGAAAAAAGGAUGCAUGGAAUAGAAAGAAGGUCUAAGUGCCUGUCUGAGACUAUUUUACCAAACCUGGGAUAAAUGUUACUUCUCAAAGGUACUGUUGUGUGAUUUACAAUGGAAAAAUUGCUCUGCGGCAUCCUGGUGUUUGGAAUGGCUGUCACAGUCAACGCUUGUCCCAAAUAUUGUGUCUGUCAGAACCUGUCUGAGUCACUGGGGACUUUGUGUCCCUCCAAGGGUCUCCUUUUUGUACCUCUGGACAUAGAUCGAAGGACUGUUGAACUCCGUCUUGGGGGCAACUUCAUUAUCAAUAUCAGCCGACAGGAUUUUGCCAAUAUGUCUGGACUUGUUGACCUUACUUUGUCCAGAAACACCAUUAGUUACAUACAGCCCUACUCUUUCACUGACUUGGAGAGCCUUCGGUCUUUACAUCUGGACAGCAACAGGUUGCCUGAGAUUGAAGAGGAAACUUUAAGAGGUUUAAUUAAUCUUCAGCAUUUGAUUUUAAACAACAACCAGCUAAGCAGCAUUUCUGAUGACGCCUUUGAGGAUUUUUUACUGACAUUGGAAGACUUAGACCUGUCCUACAAUAACCUCCGAAGCAUUCCCUGGGAAUCUAUAAGAAAGAUGAUAAACUUGCACCAGCUCAGUUUAGAUCACAACCUAAUAGAUUAUAUAACAGAGGGGACAUUUGCAGAUCUUCAGAAAUUGGCCAGAUUGGAUCUAACAUCCAACAGACUUCAGAAGCUCCCCCCUGACCCUAUAUUUGCCAGAUCACAAGUAAUUCCUUUAGUUGUUACCCCAUUUUCGCCACCCCUGUCCCUCAGCUUUGGGGGAAAUCCACUGCAUUGCAACUGUGAGCUGCUGUGGUUAAGGCGGCUUGACAGAGACGACGACAUGGAAACCUGUGCUUCUCCUCCAAGUCUGAAGGGAAGGUACUUCUGGUACGUACGGGAAGAGGAAUUUGUUUGUGAGCCCCCUCUUAUUACACAGCAUACUCACAAGCUGCUGGUCUUGGAAGGGCAGACUGCCACGCUGAAGUGCAAAGCCAUUGGGGAUCCCACUCCCAUCAUUCACUGGGUGGCCCCUGAUGACCGUCUCAUCGGAAACUCCUCGAGGACGGCUGUCUACGACAAUGGCACAUUAGAUAUACACAUCACCACCUCCAAGGACUACGGAACUUUCACGUGCAUAGCGGCCAAUGCUGCAGGAGAGUCCACUGCAACAAUUGAACUCUCAAUUGUCCAGCUCCCCCAUCUCAGCAACGGCACCGGCAAAGCAGCUCCACCAAAAUCCAGGCUCUCGGACAUCACCAGCUCCACCAAGUCCAAUCGUGGUGAAACAAAAGGUCCCCCAGAAAGGGCUGUCCUGGUGUCAGAUGUGACCACUACCUCAGCUUUGGUCAAGUGGACAGUCAGCAAGUCGGCCCCUCGGGUAAAAAUGUAUCAGCUGCAGUAUAACUGCUCGGAUGAUGAAGUCCUGAUCUACAGGAUGAUACCAGCUACAAACAAGGCCUUUGUUGUAACCAACCUUGUUUCUGGAACAGGCUAUGACCUCUGCGUCCUGGCAAUGUGGGAUGACACGGCCACAACCCUUACUGCCACCAAUAUUGUGGGAUGUGCCCAGUUCUUCACCAAAGAAGACUACCCUCAGUGCCAGUCGAUGCACAGCCAGUUCCUGGGUGGGACCAUGAUUCUGAUCAUUGGAGGCAUCAUUGUGGCCACCCUGUUGGUGUUCAUUGUAAUUCUCAUGGUCCGCUAUAAGGUCUGCAACAAUUCCCAGGGCAAGAUGUCUAAUGUCAGCAACGUCUACUCACAGACAAAUGGAGCACAACCAGUUCAGAACGGUGUCUUGCCCCAAGUCAAUCCCAAAGUGGUGGUGAGAAAUGAACUUAUGGAGUUUAACUGCCAGUCUGCGCGGAGCAGCAUCUCCUCUUCCUCCAGCUCCGCAAAUAGCCGUGACUGUGACAACUACAGCCUCCAAAGUGAACAGGGCACAUUGUCCAGUAAAUGGAGGCCUCCUUCCCGGUCAAAACACAAUAUUGACCGGCUAAUGGGAGCUUUUGCCUCCCUGGAACUGAAGUGUCAGAAAAAGGAGGAAGUGACAGACUCCAGAACUUCCACAGUGGCCCACCACUCGGACAAAGAGCCACUGCUGGGCCAAUCAGAGUCCAAGUUCCGCAGCUUCCUCAUGUUGCCUCUGGAGGGCAAAACUAAACGUAGCCAUUCUUUUGACAUGGGGGACUUUGCCACAUCCCAGUGUUGCACCUACCCAAAAAAGAUAACAAACAUUUGGACAAAGAGGAGCCUCUCGGUCAACGGCAUGCUGUUGCAGUAUGAUGACAAUGACCUAACAGGGGCCAAAGGGACUUUCGGGAGCUCAGAGUGGGUGAUGGAAAGCACGGUGUAAAUAUCAGUGUCUCCCCCCUUCUCUUCUCCCCUCAUGUGUUAUAAGUGUGGUUUGCUUCAGGGCCGUGCAAUUGGAAAGAGAGGGGAGGAAACAUUUUCUGUUCUACUGGCCAAAAAGAUAGGCAAGCAAGUUACAGGAAUAGUAAAGGAAAAGGAGGAUCAUGAAAUGUGAAUAGGCACAUAUGGUACCAUUCCUGUCUGGCCCCUACUAAACCAUGCGUGAAUGUUUCAAGGAAUUUGCUAGUUGUAUUUAGCAUUGCUUUCCAAAAGUUACUCAGACUCCUGGUGAACCUUCACCCAAGAUUAAACAAGGAGGAUGAAAAGGGGUUUAACAACAGAAAUUUAAUUUUACAGGGUUUCUUUUUACUUUCUUUCUUUGGUUUUGUUUUUGGUGGUUUUUAUAAUGGCACCUCUUUUUUUUUUUUUUUUCCUUAACCACAGAAAUACACUUCUGUGGAUAUGACUGGUGCUAGGAUAUAUCUGGUUGUCAUUCCAAGGAAUUUUCUCAAAAGUGCAGGCAGGGCACCCACAGGGGAAGAUCAGAGUAAAUUGUUUAGCAUAAUCUCAUGGUCUUAACUGUGAAACUGUGACAUAUGGGCAAACAAUAUUUGUUGUUGAAUGGACUUUUGUUUGGUAUUUAAUUAUUUCUCUUCUGUUUUGAUUUGUUACUGCUUUUGAGUUGCUUUUUUCCCACAAGACAAGGUAUGUUUCCAUGCAUAUUUUGGUUUUGUUUUCAGCCUCAUCAAAUUCCCCAGAUCCUCCCCAUAAAGGAGGAUAUGUACAAAGGUCAAAUAUCUGAUGUACUGUAUAACUCACUUCUAAUACCAUCCCUUUUUGUCCUAGGAAAAAUUAAAUCUAGGGAUAAAUUAAAAAAAAUCAUCCUCUUUUUUCCAUCUCCUUCAUAAUCUCUUCUUGUCAAUGCUCAAGGCAGAUUGCAGCAGAUAUUGAUAUCUGUAGGGAUGUUGCUAUAAAAGAUAGGGAAAAUAGUUAUCAGGAUAUCCUAAUAAAGGAUAAAGAAAAGGAAAACAAAAGUAGCUCCUGGGACCUCUCCACGUUAUGGAUAGCAGUGGCUUCUGGUAGGGGUCAUGCUCUCACUCCACUAAAAGGAGAGACUUGCACCCUGCUGUGACAAAAGCUCCUUGUCUGUGCGGUCACCAUGACAUGUCUUUACUGUAUCAGUAACAUCAGGAAAAUUAAGUUUUUGUGUAUUUCAGGUGAUUGGUUAUGUUCCAAAUUAGCCACAGAAGCUGAGUAAAAUUUGAGUAUCACUGAGGAGCGGGUGAGCCAUGUCUCCCCUGCAUUACAUAAAGCCCUUCCGCAGUCUGGUGCACUGCUACUCCCCUGUCUCUCAUCCUCAGGAAGACACUUGUAACAGGAGCUCUUCAGGGUUUGUAAACAGAGUCUCAGACUGGUUUUUGGUGAGCAUUGCUGUGGUUGUAGAAAUACACAUGGCCCAUCCAGCAGAAUUUAUUUUCUUUACCAAUUUUACUGUGAUUUCAAGCAUUCUGCUGGCUACUGCAACUGUCCUGUCAUUUAUUUAUUUAUUUGUUUGAUCAGCUGUUGGGAACCAUUCUGAAAUUGCACAUUGUAACUAUGAUUUUGUAAAAGAGGUGGAGAAAGUAUGCAAGGCACAGAGAAAAUAAUACAUGAAAAAACUCUAUGUAUAUUUUUUUUUAAAAGUUCAGAGAUAUAUUGUGACAUGGCUGUGUACUUGAUCUCGUAUUCGUCAUGUUUCCUACUUGGAGUUUUAGAUAACGACAUCCCUGUGAUCAGAAUAUUUUUUCCUUUAUUUUCUUUCUCUUUUUUUUUUUCUUUUGCUACAAAAUGUACAGUAAAAAAACAUCCUUGGGAAAAAAAAAAGGCCCUGCUUUUCAUUUAUUUGUUAUUCUGUGGGUUGCUUUGAAACCUAAGAAGUAAUUAUUUUUUAAUUGUCUUUAAAAUUUAGACAUUUGCUUUUUCUUUACCACAAACUUCAGUCUUGGACUUGAGAAUUUUAGGUAUAAAGCAGGAAUCAAGAAAUACAUACCUUUUUGGAAUGCAUGAAAAAGAUUUUGUAAAAGGCAUUUCACCUCUUUUCCUGUUGUUACAUUUGUACAAGUCUAUAUUACUAGAGUACUCUAAACACUGAUCUAAAAUCUGCAGACCGAAGAGCUAGCAUUUUUAGAUUUAGGACCCAACUUUCUGUAGGUUUUUGCUCCAACUUUUUCUCACCAACAGCAUUAAUAGAUUCAAGAGAGAUCCAGUCAAACUUUGUUCGGAACAUUUUUCAAACUCUCUGUUUUUCUCACACUUUCUGAGAUGAAUGACACCUCCAGUGCCAGAAUCUACAUAAUCCAACUGUCCAGAUGGCAGUUCAUAUUAGCCAUUAAUGACAUGUUGCAUUUAUGUUGCACUGAAAACUCUUAAAGGAGUUCUUGUAGUGAGUUAGUAAUUUUUUUUUCCUUGUUCCACUGUCGUGCACUUGGAUUUUUUUAUUAUGUUGCUACUUCGCUCUGAACAUGACAUCUGGGUUGUUUUUAAUUUAGACAUUGAGUUCAUUUUAAAUAUUAGUAACAUAUGCAGCCAUGAAUUUUCAAAAUAUAUCACAUACUUAAAAAAGGAUACUCUUUCACAUUCUCAUAUAAAAUUAAAAGAAGUAAGCCAACAGAUGCCGUUUUAAAAUAAUGGAUAGUUGCCAAAGAACCAAGGUAAUACAUUCCACACUCUAGCAGCUGCAUUUAUUAUGGUUAAUCAUAAUAUUAAUUCAUUUAGCAUUAAUGAAUGAGGCUCAAUCCACACCAGCUGAUUUGCAAAUACUUAGCAAAAUUAAACAGGUGCUGGGUAACUACCUUUUGUGCUGACAGUACUUGGGAGGAGGAGGAUUCAGGGACUCAGAGAUGAGGCAGAGGCCUCACAUUGAGUCAGCAAGUGGCCAGGCCUCAGAAAGGGUUGGAGCUACUUAUGGGUGGUGGUCAUCCUUCAGGUGCUACCAGCCACUGCCCUACUGCCGCUAUCAACAAAGCAAGCCUUUGGAAUUAUCCUGUGGCUUCCUCUGCCCCCCUCUGAGAGCUGCUGAAGACAGCUCUGUAGUUUGGGCUACAUUCUGAAUCCAUGCCCUAAUUGCUAAGGUGCAAUUAAGGCCCCAGGGUCCUCCACACACCAUCUGACCAAUCUCUACCUUGGCUCUGUUUUCCUGUGUGUACCUCACUCAGCACCUCUGGGUUGGAUUAUUCUUCUGUUGUACUGCCAUAAUACCAUAGUAGGGAUUCUUUUUUGCAUCACUUUUGAGCACAACUGCACAUCUGUGCUUCCUGAAAUGAUUCAUAGAUGCCCACCCGCUUGGUGCAAUAAAUAUUUUCACUUAUCAUUGAGGAGCUGAGAUAGCUUUGAUGGCCUAGCCCUCUUAUCUCAGAAGAGAGACGAAGAGAGAACUUCUACACUGAGAUGUUUAUAUGAUGUCUCUCAAGUAAAUAUGGGAUGGUCUGAUGUGCAGCUGCACCAACCAUGUUUUAGGGGCAAAGGCCAGGUAGUGCAGAUAGUAAGGAAAGCAGCAGAGAUCAACAGGAGCCUUCAGAAAAGACAAGUCUGAGAUAUUAGGGGGGCUAAAGAGUUUAAAGUGAGGUCUAUGGGAAUAAUUAAAGACAUCUGCAUAUGCAUAUGAAACUCCUGUAAGUUCAUUUUUUGAGGUGUUUUAUAAUAGUGGAACUUGCUUUUUUCCUAAAAAUGUAUGUCAUUGGCUUGAAAGAAGAAGAUAUGAUUCUACUCUUAAAUUACACAAACCUGCUAAAAAUCCAACCCAAAUCCCCAAAACAUCAUCCUAUCAUCCUGGAGAAUAUUAAGCAAGAUGACAAAAUGAAAAUUUCUGAAAAUAGUGAUUAUGUGGGUUUCAUUUGUUGUCUGCUAAGAACCAAAUGGUUGUAUGAAAUGAAAAUAAAAGUGUGUG